AUGCCAACGUUUGGACGUCUGGGGAAGCACAGCAACCGCUCGCAGCACGGGCUCCCAGAGCAGCCGCCUGCUGGGGCGCAAGGGAGCGGUGCCGGCGAUGCGGCUGUAGGCGGUGGCCUAACUGACCCCAGCCUGGAGGCGCAAUCUGCCUUGUCACCAUUGGCGGGCAGCCCUCACGACACCAUUGAUAGCCGUCAGCAACAGCAGCAAAUGCAGCAGCAAAUUCAGCAGCCGCAGCAACAGCAACAACAAGGAUUACCGAUCCUCACAAGUGCCGCUGGACCAAACAAGCUUCAAAAGCAGCAGCAGCAGCAGCAACCGCUGCCGCACCAGGCUCAGUCGCAGUCGCAGGCGCCAGCUCCCCCGCCGCACCUGUACAGCACCUCCUCCACCGGCCCGGCCACUAAUAACCCCUCGCCUCUCCAGCAGCAUCCUGGCGGUGAUUUCGUCUUUGAUGCCCGCCAGCAGCAACAACACCCCGACUUUGCUGAUCCAACCGUGAAUCGAUCCCAGAGCCUUCGCUAUCCAUCCCAGAGCUCGCUCCUCCAGCAUCCCCAUCCCCAUCAGCAACAAGUCUACGGCAUCGCAACCACAUCGGUCGACGACCUCCCUAGCCCCACAAGCUUCCAACAUCAGCAACUCCAACAACCACCCCCGCCGCAGCCAGCGCCCGAGAAGCACCGCACGAACCGCAAGCUGCACAUCAUCAAGGGCAUCUUUGGCUCUGUCCGUGGCACCUCUGAUACCAGCAGUAGCAGCCAGAACAGCUCGCACGCGCCGGUUCCUCAUCCUGCCAGCCAGCAGUACGACCCAACCGCUGGCUUAGGCCGUCGCUCGUCAAACAAGAGAGACUCUCGUAUUUUGCCGCAAAUCAACACCCUCCGUCCUGUUACCGGCGACGAUCUCGAUAAUUCCUCAUACGACGAACUUGCGUAUCCGCCCCCGCACUCGCAGCCUCACCAACAUCAGCAGAUUCUGCAGCAGGGACUCGGACAGAUCCUCAUACCACAGGACCAGCAGCUACAGUUUGACAAUAACCAGCCCGGUUUUGACAUUCUACCACAAUCUGCUCAGCAGCAUCAGCUCCACCAGCAAAUCUUGUUUCAGCAGACGCCCGACGACCGAUUCCCCCCCGCCGGCUAUCCAGGCCCGCACAACUCAGAGACUGCAUCCCAGCUCUCGCAUGAAUCUUCUGCAUACGAACAAGACCUGCGAAACCAAGCCCCCCAAGCCUUACAACUUGGAUCAGGACAGCUCGUGAAUCAGCAACAGUCGUCGCAAUCUCAACCACCACAACAGCAGCCCGGCAUGCCACCCCAAGGCGCUCGACGAAGCAACGAAGCUGAGCACCCCGUUGCUGGACACCCUCCCGGUUACCGCCACAGCAAUGCUGGUCUAACCGCAGCCAGUCCUCUGCCGCCUCAGGGACCAGGUGUCGGUAACGCGCAACCCGCCUACCGUGGCGACGGUCGCCAUUUUGAGGCGACGGACCCCGGCCGUGAGACCCCCCAGCCAAUUACAGAGAAGGAUCCGGAAAGCGAAAAGGCUUUCAAGGAGCUAUGUACGUAUCACAUCGUUUUACUCUAUAUCGAGGUCGAAUUUGUGCUGACUCGUGUAGUGACGAAAUACAAAAAUGUUAAGCGUCUGUAUUUCGACGGCAAGGCUCAGAUUGAGCAGCUCCAUGGACAAGUCGAGCAGCUGCAAAACGCUGUUGCCAACCAGCGCAUGUCACAGUCGAGGACAGCUCUGGAUGACAGUGAAUACGCCACGCGAUUCAACCGUCUAAACGGAGCCAUCAACAACCUCUCGUUUAAUAUACGCAAAGAUUGGCGUACUAUCCCCCCUUGGCUAGCAAGUUAUGUUACCGCCGAAGCGCUCAGGACUGGCAAGCAUGAAAUGACUGCAGUCGGACGAGCCGUCAUUUCGCGCUGGAUUGUGGCCGAGCUGUUUGACAAGUGUUUUCAUCCGGAUCUUGACCCGCAUUUGAGUGCUCAGCUAAAGGAGAUUGAGAUGGGCAUCCGUGGCAAUACCCAUAUCAUACACAGACCGGAGGAGCUUGAUGCGCAGACGACCAAGAUCAUCAACUGGCGCAUGGCCACAUUGGACGGGCUGCAAAAGAACCCCAACGCACAGGCAUCGGAAAACAGAGUCGCGCUCAUUCAGAAAGCGACGACGAACCUCACAGCAUACCUUCAGUCGCACCUGACAGAGCCGCCGCCUCAUGGGCAUGGGGUCGAAGGCAGUGCGUCGAUAAUUGUGGAGCUGGCCAUUGGUGUGGCGGCGAACCUGCCGCUGGAGAGCCGCGACGUUUCCAUCUGGUACCCUAUGCCGGCCGAGAUUGUGCAGCCGAACCUGAUGGAGGUGGAGAAGAGCGGAUUUGCGCCUGUGGCGGUUGGGGGUGGUGCAGAGGGAUCUGAGUCGGACUCUGAGCCGGAUGAGGCACUGGACAAGAUUGGCAAGGGCCAGACGGGCAAAAUGGGUAAGGCUACAAAGUUUCGAGGGGCGCACCGAACGGGAGCUAACACGCGCACAGGUACGAUGAAGGAGCCCCAGAGAAUUCGCUUUGCCGGAUUCAUGGCUCUGGAAGUCAAGGGCCGGCAGGUGCUGAUCAAGGCGCCGGUGUGGACCCUUUAA